UCUUCCCCCGCCACUGUUGCAGUAGGACACAUCGUCGUGAUUUACGCACAGUGCGGAACGAAGCAGCAUAAAUCUCACAUUUUCUCUGUGUCCAUCGUGCCAGGUUAUUGACGCCGUUCUCUUUACCCCAUUUGGAGCUCCGGCUUGCCUAGUUCAAGGACGGAGAAAAGAAGGAGGCAAGCCUUGGGGGGAAAAACAACUAGGUUCAGCCGGUUUGACAACGGGAGGUUCCAGAAAGAAAACACUUCAACUCAGCAAAAAAACAAAACUCCCUGAAAAUAAAACAUCAUGGAGACUGCCUCCUUCUUAAUCUUGCCCUUCCUCCUCCUCCUCUCUCUUCUCCCUUCCCCAUCCGUUUCUCAAAAUGAGAAUGACCUCACUGCAACAACCCACCAGGGACGCGUUUGAGGUAUUCGCAUGCCUGUGCAUGGUCUUUAAGGUCAUGUGACAGCUUUCUUGGGCAUCCCUUACACUGAGCCCCCUUUUGGGAAGAAGCGCUUCCGGAGAGCUGAGCCCAAAGAACUCUGGACAGGCAUCUUUGAUGCCAGCUCAUAUCCAAAUGCCUGUUUCCAGUUUGUGGACAACUCGUAUCCCGGCUUCCCUGGAACCGAGAUGUGGAACCCUAACCGGGAAAUGAGUGAGGACUGUCUGUACCUAAACGUCUGGGUCCCAGCGUCCCCAUGGCCACACAACCUCACUGUGAUGGUGUGGAUAUAUGGGGGAGGUUUUUGCAGUGGCUCCUCCUCAUUGGAUGUUUAUGAUGGGAGGUACCUGACUGAAAUGUCACAGAAAAUGGCCGGGUCACAAGAGGCUGCCAUUUCAUCUGCUUUCUCACAGAUGCUUGUGAUUGCUGCAACUGAGCCAUGUAGCCUCCUUAACUCUGACCCGCCUCGCUCCUUCAGCACACCCAAGCAGCUCCCAUCUAACCUCCAGAAAGUUACAUUAAGACCCAUGGCCAGACCACCGGCAACGACAUCCUCAAUGUGCAUGACUCCAAGGGCACACGCAUCUACUCAGCUGUCAUCUGGUCAGACACCAGAAAGCCCAAGUGUGACAUGUCAGAAGGGCUUGCUUCCAUCCUCAAAGACAGAAGCCAGUCCCAAUAUAGUUUAUUUACCCUGCAACUCACAGUCCUCCCUUUCAAACUUUGCUGCUGCCACGAAACUCAACGGAGGGUCCAUUUCCGACAAUUCACCCAGCCCCACAUCACCUCCUCUGAAUCAUGUUCCAGCCAGCCUUAGUCAAUCCACUGCAACCCCAAACUCCAGCCAGCCUGCUGAACAAGCAGCUGGCUCAAACACAAGGAUUUCCAUCCAGGGGCAAGAACAUUCUUCCUCUAUUCCUAGUAGGCCAAUAUCUGAUCAACAGACCCAGAAGCGCACAGAUUCUGAUGUGAAUUUUGAGAAUAUCUAUCGCUUUUUGAGCUCUGUGAACAAGCAAGGCAACAUGCCCCCUCUCACUCCAAUGGAGAUUGCUGUGGUCCUGGACCUACUGUUGUCCCUUCCAGAUGAGAUCCCCCUGCUCAACUGUGUGGAACUGCAACACCACCUCCGUCAGGCACACGAUCACCUAUCUGCUCCUGUUAAGGAGCCCUCUGUGCCAAUAAGCAUCGGUCAAGAAGCCCGGUCCCAACUUGCUCAGGCAGGUGACACACCAGGCGCAUCCUUACAGAAAGAGAUCUCCAUCACUCAGGAAGGAGAACUGCUUGACCAGUCGGUGUCCUCCGAUGCCGUGAUUGAAAGCACAGCCUUCUGUUCCAGUGAAAUGGGCGACUCUGAUGCCUUGGCCCAGACACUUGCCCAUCAGGAAGGACAUGGCAGUGGACAAGGGGAUAAAGAAUCGCAAGCUGAUCAAAACAACAAAGGGGACUACACCAGUGAGAGUGAGGGCUCUACAAUUCUGCCAGUAUCUAGCAGUAAACCAGAAGCUGGAUUUCAGCCUAUGAGCAUGACCAGAAGUGACAUGCAAGACCCCACAGUAUUGACAGCAGAUAAUCCAACAGUAGAAUCUCCACUGCAACAUAAAACUGUCCAAGGGGCAACAAGCAAAUCAAAUUGUAAAAGUAUACCUACUCAUUCGCACGAUAUUGAACAGGAGAAAUCAAAUUUUGACAAAGCAGCCCUUUGCCCUUUAAAUCCCUUUAUGAUCCCAUUGAAGCUACUGGUGCGAUCCCAACCUCCGCUGUCUGAAGGGUGAUUUCAUUCUUGUGUUUUCGCAUAGCUGCUUUCUGAUGUAUGACAGUUCAGGCUUCCGUUGAGGUUGCAGCUAGCUUUAUAAAAGUAAUUGCGAAAAAAGCAUUAUUUUUAAUAUACAAUUAAUAGACAUUUUCUUUACAUUUGAACUAUUUUCCAUUUGAAUAAAAUUUUGUUUACUUGAUUAUUUCAAUGAAAAGUAAAAAAACAAAAAACUAAUGUGUAUACAUGCAUACGGUUGUUUGAUCAAGUGUUUAUGUUACUCUGGUAUGCAAAUGGGAAAUUAACAAGUGAAUAAAUGUCUGAAGUGCUUGCACUCAAAAUGAUA